AUGGCGGACGGGGACAGCGGCAGCGAGCGCGGCGGCGGCGGCGGGUUCGGGACCGCCCGCGGCGGGGCGGGGGGGGCCGGCCCGGCCGCGGGGCCUGGCGGCGGCGGAGCAACCGGCCCCGAGCAGGAGACGCAGGAGUUAGCGUCCAAGCGGCUGGACAUCCAGAACAAGCGCUUCUAUCUGGACGUGAAGCAGAACGCCAAGGGCCGCUUCCUCAAGAUCGCCGAGGUGGGCGCGGGCGGCUCCAAGAGCCGCCUCACGCUCUCCAUGGCCGUGGCCGCCGAGUUCCGCGACUAUCUGGGCGACUUCAUCGAGCACUACGCGCAGCUGGGCCCGUCCAGCCCCGAGCAGCUGGCCCAGGCCGCGGGGCCGCCGGGCGAGGACGGCACCGGGCCCCGCCGCGCCCUCAAGAGCGAGUUCCUGGUACGGGAGAACCGCAAGUACUACCUGGACCUGAAGGAGAAUCAGCGCGGGCGCUUCCUGCGCAUCCGCCAGACCGUGAACCGCGGCCCCGGCGGCCCGGGGGGGUUCGCGGGAGGCCCCCCCGGGCUGCAGAGCGGCCAGACCAUCGCGCUGCCCGCCCAGGGCCUCAUCGAAUUCCGCGACGCCCUGGCCAAGCUCAUCGACGACUACGGAGGCGAGGAGGACGAGCUGGGCGGCCCUGGCGGCGGCGGCCCCGGCGGUGGGGGGCUCUACGGGGAGCUGCCCGAGGGCACGUCCAUCACCGUGGACUCCAAGCGCUUCUUCUUCGACGUGGGCUGCAACAAGUACGGGGUGUUCCUGCGGGUCAGCGAGGUGAAGCCGUCCUACCGCAACGCCAUCACCGUCCCCUACAAGGCCUGGGCCAAGUUCGGCGGCGCCUUCUGCCGCUACGCCGAGGAGAUGCGCGAUAUCCAGGAGCGCCAGCGGGACAAGCUCUACGACCGGCGCACCGGCCCGCCGGGACCCGGCAGCGGCAGCGGCGCCGGUGACGACUCCGACGGCGACGACGUGGACGACGACUGAGCCGAUUCCCCCAGCCCUCGACCCCGACGCCGGCCCCCCAUCACCCCCUCCGAGCCCCGGGGCGAAGGGGUCCCCGGUCCCCACUCCCAGUGACGGGGCAGAGGGGUCCCCGACCCCCCUCCAACAACGAUGGGGCGAAGGGGUCCCUGAGCCCCGCUAACCCCUCUCAGCGACGGGGUGAAGGGGUCCCCAAACCCCCCACGUCCCCACUCCCAGCAGCGGGACAAAGAGGUCCCCGAGCCCCCCCCUCAGCAGCGGUGGAGCACGGGGGUCCCUAAGCCCCCCGAGCCCCCCCUCCUGCCGCCACCGGAGAGAGAGAAACCGGCCUGACGGUGCCGCCACCCGCGGCCCCCCGCCCCCUCCCCUGCUCCCACCAUGGGACCCCCAGCCCCCGGGACUCGCUGCUUUGGGGGGGGCAGGGGGUCACCCGCAGCCCCCUCCCCUCCUGGUGCCCCCCCAUCAAAACCAGCACCGAGGGCCCCGGAGCCGAGCGGCAGCGGCAGAGCCUGGGGUGGGGGGGGCAGCGGAGGCACCUUGGACCAACGGCCGUUCCCUCGGCUUGUGAUUUUUCCUUCAUUUUUCUUUUUUUUUUCCCCUUCUCUUUCCACGGUUUUUGGGGGCUUUUUUUGCUUUUUUGUUUGUUUGUUUGUUUUGGGAUUUUUUUUUUUUUUAGUUUUGGGGGUUUUUUUGUUUGUUUUUGGGAUGCAAACUCCAGGCGCCCAAACUGGAACCCGCCCCGAGCUGGCGGCUCCCUGAUAAUUAGGGAAGAUUUCCUCGGUUUUGCCGAUUUCUGACCGUUUUUCCCCCGCUCCCCGUUUCCCGCCGGGAAAGGGGAGGCGCCGGCACAAAGCACAAGGAAAAACUCGACGGGGUGAACCAUCUUCCCCUUCUCUCCAAAUAAGGCGCCUCCGGCCCCAUUUCACCAGGACCCGCCGGAAUCCGCCCCUUAGCUUCACCCAAUUUGGAUUUUCCGAUCCCAAAUCCGUGGCCACGCCCGGCCCCGGCACUUUGGGGGUGGAUUUUGGAGGUUUAUUGUUAUUUUUUGCCUCCUUUUGUCUUUUUUUUGCCUCCAUGGGCCCGGCCCUGGCGCCGCCUGGUCCCUUCAGCCACCUCCUAUUAAACACAUUUUUCGACUCUCAAAUAGUCUUUUUUAAAAAUUCUUUUUCACUCCCUCAGCUCAGUCCUGCCCCGUCCAGAAUUCCAGUUUUUCACCCCGUUUUCCCAUAACUCUGAACUCCAUCGCACUCAUUCCAAGAUUUUGCCUCUUCUCCAACGGUUUCACCACUUUUAGGACUUUGCUUUUUUUUUUUUUUUUUUUUCCCUUUUAAUCCAUUUUUGGGAGCCCAAUCAGCUGCUUCCUUAAUUUAUUACCACGGAUCCGGCAUCUCCCUCUCUCCAUAUUUAUUGGGAAGUGAGGAACAGCCACAGACCCCUGGGGGACCCCCCGCACCACAGAGACGCCGCUGUCCAUCCGUCCGUCUGGCCCCAUCCCGCUGCUCCCACUGCCGUCGCUCUUUUUAAAGGGAUUUUUAAAGCAAAUUUCUUCUGUUUAUCCCAUUUUUAAGCCUUCUCCGUCGCAAAGGACCUGGAUCCCUCACUCACUCACACGGGAGCAAUAGUCCUUCCUCAAUGGCCGAUGUGUCCGUACUGUAUUUUGUACCCUCAGGCAGCUCUUUCCGGUGAAUUCCUGCUGUAUCCACCCAUCCUCCUUGGUCCAGUGUUCUUUGCCACGGAGAAAAACCAUAAACCAAGACGGCAAUGAUGGAUUUGGGGGGAAAAAGGCUCCCAGCUCCGUGGGACUCACUGGCGUCCAGCCGCGGGACCUCUCCUUUUAUUUUUGAAGAGGAUGAGAGAUAUAUAUAUAUAUAUAUGUGUAUAUAUAUAUAUAUAUAAAAAUAUAUAUAUAUUCCUUUGGGUUUCUUUCUUUUGGCUGAAUUGCGGUGAUUUGGCCUUAUUUCUACUUUGGGAUAGCGGCGGAAUCGCUGCUGGCCUGGCCCAGCUCUGGGGAGCUGGCUAGAAAUACAUGGAGAAAAAAAAAAAAAAAAAAAAAAAGGCAAAACCACCAAAAUCCAGUAAUAAACCCAAAAAAAGCAGCUCCCGGCCUUGGCUCAGGGAGUCUUUCCUGGCCAGAGAAGCGCUGGAUCCAUGGACACAACCUCCCACAGCUCCAUUUGGGUGGGAAGAGCAGAGCACGUUGGGGGAAGACAGCAGAAAAAAAAAAACAGCCAAAAUGAGAUAAAAUAGGGAAAAAAGGGGUUUUGAGGUGCCAGCUGGAGUGAGGGGAGCAGCCAUGGGGACUGCCAUGGGGAAGGGGAUCUUGGGGGGCAGUUUUGGGGUUUUUUUCUCUUUGAGUCCCCUAGGGUGUUUCCCAGGAAAGUGGGACAAUGCCGGCAUCUCCCCUGAACCCCCCUCCCAUCCCUGUGUGUAUAGACAUGGCUGUGUGUACAUAGCUCAGAUUCGGUUGGGUUUUGGGUUGAAUUCUGUAGAAAAUGGGCAAUUUGCUUUUUUUUUUUAAUUAUUUUUAAACCACAAAUAGGGGAAAAAUAUCCCAGAUUCCUGGUACUUCCAGCAUUGCUGCCCCAGAGGGGCUGAUGGAGAAUGCGAUGAUGGCUGUACAGACAGAAUUUUGGAAGUCUCAUACAAUGCCCCAAAACCCACUGGAAAAUACCCCAGAUGGCUGGGUCUGGAGCGGGUGGUGCUUCCAGGGCAAGUUCAAACAGCUUCAAAUCUUUUUGCCCUAAAAUAUAGCAAAGAAAAUUUGGAUUCUCCUGCCUUGUUUCCAGGCGAUUUGGGGGCAGUGGGGGAUGGUUUGGGGGCGCCGUUCCAGUGGCAACUCCUCACAUUGGUGACAAAACCAACCCAAUCCCUCACUGGCCUCUCAAAAAAAAAAAAAGCAAAAAGUGGAAAAAAAUCACAAAAAACCCUGGAAAAGAUAAAUGAAAAUCAGCUGAGGGAGUACUGGGGCUAUGCAGGGUGGUGCACCAUGGAGCUCAGCAGGUAUUCCCAGUGGGAAGUCCCAGCUGGCUCCGUGGAUGUUCCCAGAUCUUCCUGCAGGGCGAGGCCUAGCCACGGAUGCCAUCGCCCUCCUCAUCCUCGUGGAGCCGGUAGAGCCAGUGGCACCAGGGCCAAGCCAUGCAGAGCUGGGGUUGGGUGUUGGCAGGAGAACCCAGAUCGGGGCGAGAUGGCCGGGGAGGAGCACGGCACAGCCUGGAGCCCCUGGGGGGUUCUGGCCUCAGAGCAGCGGCUGGGAGCGGGUCCAGCACGGCUGGCUCACUGGGCCCCAGCACAUGGGUCAGCCCAGCCAGGAGGCUGGGACAGCAUCAGUGAGGAGAGCGCUGGAUCCUCUUCCAAGAGCCAGGCGCUCCCAGAGUUGGAUUCUCUGACAGCUGGAUCCUCCAAGAAGAUCGGGCUGAGUGCCCGAUCCUCCUCCAAGAGUUGGAUCCUCCUUCAAGAGUUGGAUCCUUCAAGAACUGGAUCCUCCAAGAGCUGGAUCCUCUGAGCACCAGACCCUUCUCUGAGUGCUAGAUCCUCCUCCAGGAGCCAGAUCCUCCUCCAAGUUGGAUCCUCUGAGAGCUGGAUCCUCUGAGAGUUGGAUCCUCCAAAUAUUAGACCCUCCUCUUCGAGCUGGGUUCUUCUGCAAGCAGCAGAUCCUCCUCGGAGAGUUGGAUCCUCUGAGAACUGGAUCCUUUGAAUGUUGGAUCCUCCUCUGAGCACCAGGUCCUCCUCAGAGCAGCAGAUCCCGGGAGCGCCACCUCCCUCCCCGAGCGCUCGCCAUGACGUCCCUUUGCCGAAAAGAGAAAAAAAUAAGAAAGUUUUAUUCCUGUUAUUUUUUUAAUGAAAGAAAAACAAAAACUAAAGCAAACCUGCACUUUAGGCGGCCGGGGGGGCCGGGGCCCCCGCGUCCCUUCCCUGCGGCCGGCGGGGCGGCUCCAGGGGCCGGAGGCAGGUCCUGGGUGUUACCACUAGCGCAGACGAGGCCGACGCAACGAACUCCUCCUGCUCCGAGCACUCCUGACGUAGCAGAUUUUUGCAAAUGGAGUUUUACAGUCUAUAUUUAAAGAAUUGUAUGUUUGUAACAAAUAAAGUAUGCGGAAAAGUGAAUGAAAACCA